AUGUAUUCUGAUGAUAGAGAUGGUUCUUAGUAUUCUGGAAAUAAUGCAGAAUACAAUGAAAAUUAUUAAGGAGAUGGUUAAGAUGUUGAUAUGGAAGAAUAACAAUAUUAUGAUGAUGAAGAUUAAGAUUAAGAUUUGUAACAGCAAGAUGAUUAUCAAGAAUAUUAACCAGAAGAAUAAUAAGAAGAUCAAUAAAGUAAUUACUUAUAAUAAUAAGGCUUUAAAUAUUAACCAUUUGAUCAAAGAAAAUGGUAAUGGGCAGAACCAUUGAUUGAGGGAGUUCCUCCUUGUGCUAGAGGAGGACAUUCAGCAACUUUGAGUGGAGCAUCUAUUAUCUUAUUUGGAGGGCAUUAUUAUGCAAAUAAAGAUGAGGGAUAUAAAUAUUUGAAUGACACAUAUUAAAUGGAUGUUAAUGCCAAUAGAUGGUUUAAGGCUAAAGUAUAAGGUACUCCACCUGCUCCUAGAUAUGCACAUUCUGCAGUUUUAGCAGGAUAAAGAAUAAUUAUAUUUGGAGGGAAAGGAGAAAAAUGUGUAUUCCGAGAUUUACAUGCUCUUGAUCCAUUAACAUUAACAUGGUAUUAAGGACCUGAAGGAUCUGGGUCUCCAAGUGCUAGAUUUGCACAUUCUGCUACUUUAGUAAUUAUUUUACAAUAAAUUAUUUUAAUAGUAUGCCUCAACUAAAAUGAUAAUAUUUGGAGGAUGGAAUGGAAUUGAUUAUUUUAAUGAUCUCUAUGUUUUAGACUUAGAAGUAAUGGCUUGGUCUUAACCUCCUUGUACUGGACCAUCUCCAACUCCUCGUUAAGGACAUACAGCUAUACAGGUUGGUGCCAAUUUAAUCAUUCAAGGGGGAUUCUAUUAUCAAGAAGAUAAAAAUCUUAAAAAUCUUCAUAAAACAGCAAAUCCUAGACAUGGAUCUCAUUUAAGAGGAUGCUAUCUAAAUGAUAUUAGAAUUCUUGAUACUGAGCAUUUUGCAUGGAGUCGACUUAGAGUAAGUGGUACACCUCCAGCUCCAAGAUAUGGACAUUCAGCAAAUGUAAGUGGAGCAGAUAUUGUUGUAUUUGGAGGAUGGUCAUUAAACUCUGGGGCUAGAAGGUAAGUUAAUUAAAUAUUUAAGUGAAAAUAAUUUUGUUACUUCACCAGAUAUUGAUUAUUUGAUUAUAUUGAAUACUGAAAAGAUGUGUUGGGAAAAGGCUAAAUAUGAAGGAAAUGCUCCAAGAAAUAGAUAUGGUCAUACUGCUACAUCUAUAGGUCCACAUAUUUUGAUUUUUGGAGGUUGGGAAUAUAAUAGAGCUACAAAUCAAGUUGUUGUAUUGAGAGAUCUUAAUGUUGGAUAAUAAUAAUAAUAAUAAUAAGAAAAAAAGAAAUGA